AUGCUUUCCAACAUUCUCACCAUCGCUACACUCUUCUCAACUGUAUCAGCAAAUCCAGUCGCCCAAGCACUGCCAAAUUUGGCACCACCCACAGGAUCCAACUACGCAUGGGCAGUGACGGGCUGGAUGGCAGCAUGCACCGCCGUCGAAACGACCGGAGACUGUCGCUGGAGUUUCAACCUCAAAGGGAACGAACUGACUGGGUACAAUCCCAAUGUCCCCGGCUUUACCGCCCAUUGCGAGGCCUCCAAAUACGUAUACACAGACGGAAUUGGUGGUCCUGAUAUCCCAUGUGCGUUGACUGAUGGAGGAACGAUCCGGAGAAGAGUCACUUCGAAUUUGUGGAAACCACCCAAGGGCGCCAUGGGAGAUGGUGUGACUCUGAGAAUCACCUACCAGUUUGAAUCUCCCGAGUAUGUAUCUUGUCUAUGCUGAGUACUUGUGCAGUGGCUAAUGGGAGUUUUCUAGUGGUGCGACUUGGAAUUAUACGGGGCGGGAGAUAGGUGGGCUGGAUGGGAGACCACUCUACUACAGCGACUUCCACGUUCGGACUAUCAUUUUUGAAAGGUCACACUCUCCUAUCUCAGAUCAGUAA